UUAGGACUCUUCUUUCAUGGCUGUUUCAUCCAUUGCGAGCAUUUUCGCAGCAGAGAAAAGCUAUUCCAUUCCACCAGUGUGUCAACUCCUUGUCUCUCCAGUGCUGAAUCCUCUGUACGAUGCAAAGGCCGAGUCUCAGAUCGAUGCGUGGUGCGCGGAGUUUCUGAAGUUGCAACCUGGAAGCGAGAAAGCUGUGUUUGUUCAAGAAAGCAGGCUUGGAUUGCUCGCGGCUUAUGUUUACCCGACCAUUCCAUACGAGAAGAUUGUUCCGGUUGGAAAGUUCUUCGCUUCGUUCUUUCUUGCAGAUGACAUUCUGGAUAGCCCGGAGAUCUCCUCGUCGGACAUGAGGAAUGUGGCAACUGCAUACAAGAUGGUUUUAAAGGGAAGAUUUGACGAGGCCACGCUUCCAGUGAAAAAUCCGGAGCUGCUGAGGCAAAUGAAGAUGUUAUCUGAGGUCUUGGAAGAAUUGUCCCUCCAUGUAGUGGAUGAAUCAGGCCGAUUCGUGGAUGCUAUGACCAGGGUGCUCGACAUGUUUGAGAUUGAAUCGAGCUGGCUUCGCAAGCAAAUCAUUCCCAACCUGGAUACGUACCUCUGGCUGAGAGAGAUCACAUCUGGUGUGGCUCCUUGCUUUGCUCUGAUUGAUGGUUUACUGCAACUUAGGCUGGAGGAGCGUGGCGUGCUGGAUCAUCCUCUCAUACGCAAGGUUGAGGAGAUUGGGACGCACCACAUUGCGCUCCACAAUGACUUGAUGUCGCUCAGGAAGGAGUGGGCGACAGGAAACUACCUCAACGCCGUGCCCAUUCUCGCCAGCAAUCGUAAGUGUGGCUUGAACGAGGCAAUCGGCAAGGUUGCGAGCAUGCUGAAGGAUUUGGAGAAGGAUUUCGCUCGGACAAAGCAUGAGAUCAUUUCAAGUGGGCUUGCCAUGAAGCAAGGAGUCAUGGACUAUGUGAACGGGAUAGAGGUGUGGAUGGCCGGAAACGUAGAAUGGGGAUGGACGAGCGCUAGAUACCAUGGAAUUGGGUGGAUCCCUCCUCCAGAAAAAUCAGGGACCUUCCAACUCUAGAUUGUUGCUCAGUUCCAUCAAAUAGUAAAAAAUAAUUUGUCUCAUGGAGUGUUUUAGAAAUUCAUAUCUAAGCAGUGUUUUCGUCAUGAACAAGCAAAUUGAAAUGCACGGUAGAUGUGGUAACAUCAAACACGCAGCUCAAAUCUUCCAUGGUAUGGCCAAGAGGGACAAGUUCAGCUGGGAUCUUUUGCUGGUUGCCUUCUGCAAAAACGGGCAUUUUGAUGAAGCGCGAAGGCUCUUCAGCUGCAUGCCGUGCUGGAGCCUCGUGUCAUUUACUACUAUGAUUUCUGUUGACUCCAAGAGAGGCAAAAUGCAAGGAAUACAAUCUGUUACUAUAAACACGGUGCUUUUUGCAUUUGCCGAAAAUGGGCAUCUUGAUUCUGCCAAGGUAGUCUUUAGCAAAACGCCUGCUCACAACUUGGUCUCGUGGACGAUGAUGCUGGGGGCUUUAUCUCAGCUCGCGGAUGUAGAAAGCACUUUUAAAGAGAUGCCGGAGCACGAUGUCGUCUCGUGCACUUGCGCAAUUGCAGCAUUCUCCCGUCACGGGCAUCUGGAGCUCUUCCACGCCAUGCGUGUGAGGAAUUUCUCGACUUGCACGGCAAUCGUUUCCGGCUUCUUGAAAGAGUCGGAGCGCUUCUUUCACGAUCAGAUGCCACAGCACGAUCUUGUCUCCGUCACAACGCUGCUCGUCGCCUACACCCAAAGCCAACGCCUUGAGGAAGCCAGCUGCCUCUUUGAUUCUCUUCCAUACGUAGAUGCCGUGUGUUAGAACGCCAUAGCCAUGGACGAAACCACGAAAAUCCUCGAGAAAAUGCCGGCAUGGAAUCUUGCAACCUGGAAGACUCUGCUAACAUCACACUCCUUGCAAGGGAAUCUUACCGGGGCUAGAAGAGUCUUUCAAGAAAUGCCAGACAAGAACUUGGUGUCCUGGAACGCCAUGCUCUCGGCAUAUGCCCAAAAAGGGCAUCUUUCUCUUGCAAAGAAGGUGUUCCAAACGUGGAAGCAACACUACUGCUGCAUCGUGGACAUGCUGGGGCGAGCGGGAUACCUGGAUGCGACGGAAGAGCUUGUGCAAACCAUGCCUUUUCUUCCCAACUCGUGGGACUGGACGUCCAUGCUAAGUUCUUCCAGAGGCGAUAGAAUCUGGAAAAACGGUGCUCGAGUGACGAAACGAGCUUUGCUUUCAAGCCCCAGCGAUGGAGCUGCUCUUGUGCUGCUCGCAAACUCACGCUCCUCUUGAUUCUUACUACAUUUCCGAAACUUUACCUUUAUAAAAUGGGCAAGAAGCUCAAUCGUUCUUCGAUUCGGCCCCGCCUCUCCGAUGCCGUGACGAUGUGGUCGCGAGCGUGAAUCGCUUCUUGGAUAUCUGGAAGGCGGCAUCGGCCAUCGGCCAGACGACGCGCAUUGCCAUUGUUACAU